AUACAAGACCAGAUGCAAAACCAGAUGCAAGACUAGAUGCAAGACCAGACACAAGACCAGAUGCAAGACCAGAUGCAAGAUUAGACAAUGACAUCAAUCGCACAUCAACUAUGAUACCAACA